CUUGAAUAUAUUCAUAAUAAUGAAUUUAUACAUCGAGAUUUCCAUAGCGGGAAUAUAUUAUUAGAUAUAUUUGAAUGGAAAAUUGGGGAUCUGGGAUUAUCACAAUCUGUAAAUAAUGAAUCAUCAAAUAAUGAAAUAUAUGGAGUUAUACCUUAUAUUGCACCAGAAAUAUUUAAAGGGUCUACAUUUUCUAAAGAAGCUGAUAUUUAUAGUUUUGAACGUCCCAAAAUUACAGAAGAUACACCAGAAUGUUAUGCUAAUCUAAUGAAAAGUUGUUGGGAUCCUGAUCCAAAAAAAAGACCACCAAUAAAAGAAAUUCAUGUAACUCUUUGUAGUUGGUUUUUUAAAAAAGAAUUUGUUCAAGCUGAAGAAAAAAGAAAUAAACUGAUAAAAUCAAAGAAGAUUGGUCCUGAAUUUGCUGAAAAAUAUCACUCAAAAGCCAUUUAUACAAGUAGGCCAUUAAGUGCUUUAAUUUCUAAAUGUUUAUCCACAAAUUCAUCAUCAACAAUUUCAUUUGGUAAUAAUCAAGAUUAUAAUUAUAAUUAUAUUUCGAAAGAAAAAGAUCUUGAUAUAGACAUUGAAAGUUUAUCAUCGCAAAAUUUAACAAUUCAAAAUUCUUCACCCUCACUAAGAAAACGAAACAAUGAAGAAUUAAACCUUGAUACAUAUGAUAAUAGUGAAUAUUUAAAGUAGGAAAACGUAUUAAAACUAGUUAAUAUUCGUUGUAU